GGAAGACAUGGUUCAGGUCAGUAAAGAGAAGCAAGUAUACGUGUGUGAAACUAGUGUUGGUUCAAAACCAAAAGAGAGAUGCCGUGCCUGUCCAUAUCACAGGGACAGAGCCAGGUUUCCAUGGGUUUCCACUGACACAGGAAAGGUUUGCGCUCUUUAGCCAGCUGAAGAUCACUACAAGUCAACAUGUCUCAUCGAGGACCUUUAACUGCUGUCAUAACAACAGUGUUAGGAGCAACGUUAGGCGGGCUGCUCAUAUGGCGAGUGUACCGGACAAAGAGGAAGAGGCUGCCUUCAAUCCAGAAUGUGGCUGAUCCCGUGGAAGCUUCAUGUCCUGUGGAAAACAAGUUUAUGGCCGUGGAGUACAGCCAACCGCCAUUUCUGGACAAAGAGUUUAAGUCUGUGGAGUGUCAGACCAUGCACCUGGCCCCUCCUGUACAGAUACCGUCUUCUGAACAGCUGUUGGGGAUGAAACCUGUGAUGGUGAGCUCUGAAGAAGAGUGGCAGCAGCUGUGGCCACUGAUGCAAAAGGAGUUGUCAGUCUUCCCCGUGCUGGGCCUUGACUGUGAAUGGGUAAAGACCAACGCCGUGUCUGUGAAUGGCAGAGCAUCCGCGGUCUCCCUGCUACAGAUGGCCACAUAUUCAGGUCUGUGUGUCCUGGUGAGGUUGCUGGCGUUUCGCAGCGGCCAGCAGCCAUUCCCUCUCAGCUUUAUAGAAGUUCUCCGAGACCCACACAUUUUGAAAGUUGGCGUCAGUUGCUAUGAAGACGGCAAGCGUCUGACGCGUGACUAUGGUCUGUCGCUGUCAUGUACAGUUGAUCUGCGCUACCUUGCCUUAAGACAAAGGCUAAAAACAGUAAAUAAUGGCCUGAGUCUGAAGUCUCUGGCAGCAGAUCUGUUGAAUGUAUCUCUAGAUAAAUCUCUGGAGCUGCGCUGCAGUAACUGGGAGGCAGACCAACUGACGCUGGAGCAGAUGACUUAUGCUGCCAGAGAUGCCCAAGUUUCCAUCGCUCUUUUCCUCCAUCUCCUUGGCCUCCACUCUGAAGCCGGACCCGCCUCUUUCAGCGGGAGCUCAUAUUCUGAGCUGGCUGCCCGCUGCCAGGGUCUGGUGGACGUGCCCUUCAGGGGCCAAGCAGACGGAGAGGACAGGGCUGCUGACGGAGAGAGGAAGCGGAGGAACCGAAAACCGCCAACACACGACAGCCCGGAGUCUGGAGAUCAGCAAGUCCCAGACCCUCAAAAGAAUAACAAGAGGAAACCACUGGGUGUGGGCUAUUCUGCCAGGAAGUCUCCUCUGUAUGAUAACUGCUUCCUCCACGCUCCAGAUGAUCAGCCGCUGUGUACCUGCGACAAGAAGAAAGCCAAAUGGUACCUAGAUAAAGGAAUAGGAGUGCUCCAGAGUGAAGAUCCUUUUGUCGUGAGGCUACUGUUUGAGCCGUCAGGACGUCCCGACUCCCAGCAGGACUAUUAUCUCACCGCAAAGGAGAAUGUCUGUGUGGUCUGUGGCAAAGCAGAUUCCUACAUCAGGAAAAACAUUGUGCCACAUGAGUACAGACGACAUUUUCCCACUGAGAUGAAGGACCACAACUCCCACGACAUCCUGCUGCUCUGCACCAGCUGCCACGCCGCCUCCAACAUGCACGACGGCUUCCUGAAGCAGCAGCUGGCUGAAGAGUUCGGCGCCCCUCAGGGCUGCGAGGAGGGGGUUCGCCUGCUGGAGGACUCGGACCGACGGCGGGUCCGUUCGGCGGCUCGGGCGCUGCUCACUGCCGGGGAGGGACUGCCGGAGCAGCGACGAGAGGAGCUGCAGGCUUUGAUCAAGGACUUCCUCAACUUGACCGAGGAGCAGGAGCUGACGAACGAGGCGCUGCAGCAGGCUGCCAGUUUGGAGACCAGGAUUUUCAACAAGGCGUACGUGCCUCACGGACUGAAGGUGGUGCAAGCCCAUGCCGAGCAGGGCCUGCAGGGCCUGAUGGACCUGGAGCGUCGCUGGAGGCAGCACUUCCUCAACACCAUGCAGCCUCGCCACCUCCCUCCCCUCUGGUCCGUCGACCACAACCACAGCAAGUUCCUCCGCAAGUACGGAGAGAACCUGCCCAUCAAACUCAACUGACUGUCCGUCUCUGCGAGGACCACGAGCAGCUACAGGACAUGAGACUGAAUUUUCCCCUCUGCAGGUCAAAGUGCAGGUUGGAUUUGAAACUUGUCAGUUUUUACAAGCCAAAUUGCUUUUUUUUAGUGAACGGAUGAAUGAACUCAUCUGCCAGCCGGGACCCAAACGUUAGCAGCGAGUGGUGCCUAAGAAGUUACCACUUUGGGUGUUACCGAGGCUUCGCUGAGUGUGUGAGUGAAUGCACUCGAUCUGCGAUGGACUACAUUUCACACACAUACCUGAGUGCCAGUGAGAUGCUGCUAGGUUGCCACCUGGAUCAUGAACUUGAGCAGAGACUCCAAUUGUUGAAGAUAUCCAGCACUGAAUCUGAAAAACACUAACUCCACACGGCGGUGGAUGACCUGAGAUUGCAUAUGAACACUUUUUAUAAAAAAUAAUGAAAUAUGUCAAAUUAAAAUAUUGAAAUUUAAGACCAGAUUUUUAGUAGAAGCUACAGCCUGCUCUUAAUUUCCCCCUAAAUUUAAUGAACAGCCCCACCUCCCCCCUGCAGGUUUGCAGCUUUUACCUCCACCAAUCUGAGAAUAAAGGACUUGCUUUGCAGAGAGAGCAUCAUUUUAAUAUGACCUCAAUUUUUUUGGCGCUACACUCUGCUCUUGCCUUUGUAUCUAUUGUCUGUUUUAAGUCAGUGGAUGAAGGAUGAGUUUCCCAGAAGUAUCCAGAAAUCAGAUUUAAUCUUUGUCCUGUUGAAAAGAUCAGUUUGGUCUCGUGGUGCCUCUGGGCCUGAGCGAGUGAAGUCUCAGAGUUGUUUGUUUUGCAGGGGGAGAGGAAUACUAACAGCAGUGAAGUUGGCCGCUUCGGUCGAUCAUUUAAACUCCUGAUGUUUGUGUCGUGCUGCUGAUUCUCCGGAUUGGUUGGGACACCUCCAUGGCUCGUGUUUUAAUGUGCCUCUUAAUCCCCAAACCUGCCUGGAGUCACAGCAUCAGGACAUGACCUCAUUUCAAUUUACAGCCGUUUCAGCACGACGUCGUCUUACACGAUCCAAACUGCACAGUGAAGAAAAGCUGCCAACUCUAAUGGGAUUUUGAGAAUCACCUUAAAACUGCCCCCCCCCUUUGCAAGGCUGAUUUAUCUUUUUGAGUGUGAUGAAUUUAUUUACUAUACAGCUGCUUUGUCUUUAUUCGUUUUUUCCUGGAUGUAAGCCCUGAAGCUGUUGUUUUCCUCAAUUGUGAAUGAAAAAAUAAAAUUCAUGUUUGUAUUAA